AUGGAUGCCAACAACUUUGUGAUGUCUUCCUAUCAGUUUGUCAACUCGAUUGCCUCAUGUUAUCCAAACAAUGCGCAAAACGCAAACAACGCUCAAGGCUCAGGCGGCCAAGGUGGCCAAGCCGAUGGCUACUUCCCUCCAUCGGCGUACACUCCAAACCUCUAUCCCGGUACCCCGCACCAAGCGCACUACAGUCCGCAGUCGUACAAUCCGCUUGCAAGUGCAGGAGCCACAAGUGUGAAUAGUGCUAGCGCCGGGGCAGGUACCGGCGGUGGGCACCCGGCAAGCGAUAUGGUCGAUUACACGCAGCUGCAGCCGCAGAAGUUUCUACUCAACCAGCAACAACAGCAGCAGCAGCAACAUCAGCAGCAGCAGCAGCAGCAACAGCAAUCCUCCCUUAGUUCGCAAAGUUGUAAAUACGCCAGCGAUGGCACUAGUGCAGGUACAAACUUAGUUAAUAACAACAAUAACAACAACAAUAGCACCACCAGCCCUCAGGACCUAAGUACAGCCAGCGGUGGCGGCGGCGGUGGAAACGCCGGCGCCGGAAACGGAGGCCGGCCAGAGAUUUCGCCAAAACUGUCCCCGAGCUCCGUGGUGGAGAGUGUGACGCGAUCGCUCAAGUCCGGCAGCGUGGCCACGGCCGUGAGUUCGAGCAACACGAACAACAAUACGAGCAACAUUAGCAAUCGGAACCAGGUGAACCUGCCGCUCGGCAGUCCCGACGGGGACGAGUCGGAUGCCAGCGACGACGACAGCGGCACGGAAGGAGGCAGUUCCCAGGGCGGCGGCGGCAGCGGCAAGAAGGGAGGCCCUCCACCACACAUCUAUCCGUGGAUGAAACGUGUGCACAUUGGACAAAGUACGGUUAAUGCGAACGGAGAGACGAAACGCCAGCGCACCUCGUACACCCGUUAUCAGACGCUCGAGCUGGAGAAGGAGUUUCACUUCAACCGUUACCUUACCCGUCGACGGCGGAUCGAGAUCGCUCACGCGCUAUGCCUGACCGAACGACAGAUCAAGAUCUGGUUUCAGAACCGUCGGAUGAAGUGGAAGAAGGAGCACAAGAUGGCCUCAAUGAACAUCGUACCGUACCACAUGUCUCCGUACGGCCAUCCCUAUCAGUUCGAUAUUCAUCCGUCACAGUUCGCGCACCUGAGUGCAUAG